AUGUCUCAGCCGGUAUCCGCAAGACUGGUUUUCUUGAAGGCAUCUGCCCGUCUGCUCAGCCAGCAGAGCCCUUCGACUUCAGCACAUCUGGUAACGAUGCAUAAUAGCAUAUUGCUCCAGGAUAAGUCGUCUCGUCUCCCCAUCAAAGACCAGAUGGAAGCCUGUCCAUCGUGUGGGAGCGUGCGGAUUCCGGGGGUGAACAGCAGAGUCUUCACCAGAACUCAGACCCCUCCCAAAGCUGCUCGAAGUGUGCAUAAGUCACGGCCAAAAGAGCCAUCCCAGGGCGCGAGUCAGGGUCAAUCGGAGCAGAAAUGUCUCAUAUACGAGUGUCUACGGUGUAGGCAUGAAGUGGUCCAACGCAUCCCGCAACCUGCAAGAACCAUCCAGAGGAAGAGGAAGUCUUCAACCGUGGCCGCAACCUCAUCCUCAACCAGCCAAGAAAUAUCUCUAAGAGCUACUAAGGAUCAUGCUGAAAGGCUAGAGUCUGGAUCUGCGACCUCAAAGACAGAUUCCGAGAAUUCCAGCAGCAAAAAACGAGCAAAGAUGCGAAAGCAGAAGGGCCUGUUGGCCAGCCUGGCCACUCAGAAGCAGACCAAGCCCUCUAGCUCACUAAAUCUUUUGGAUUUCCUUCAAUCGUCGUAG